AUGGCCAUUGUGCGCUGUAGAGUGUCAAGGAGAAGAAGGAUGAAGACACCAGCAGAGGAGGUUGGGAUGAAGUCACCAGCAACGGAGGUUGCCGACAUCGACGACCUCUUAAUAGAAAUCCUCCAACGAUUACCUACAAAGACUCUGUUACUGUUCAAACUCGUUUCAAAACAGUGGUUGUCAAUUAUAUCCAGCUCCGAUUUCAGCAUUUCCCACACUCGCUUCCUCCUCAAUGAAGGCUCUCUCAAACCUUCAGUACUCUUUCUCGAUGUCAUCUACAGACAACCACCUACGAAGUUCGUGUUCCUUCCUUUGAACCGCGACACCAAACAACUCCCGCUCUUGGAUUUAAUAAAUGCCCCUUACAUCACAAUAAUGCAAUCUUGCAAUGGUUUGCUUCUUUGCACAUAUGAUUAUGACAAUCAGAGUUAUUUUAUCUGUAACCCUGUUAUCAAGAAAUUCAAGACGAUCUCUUGUCCGAUGCCGCCAAUGCUGGAAUAUCAUCUUGUUGGUGUUAAUCUUGCUUUCGACCCUCUCAAAUCACCUUAUUACAAGAUUAUUUCUAUUUGGCAGGAAAUGUUGCUUGACAAAGACGAGGAAAACAAUUGCUUAUGUCGUAUGACUUCUAAUUUUUCUAUGGACAUAUACUCAUCAGAGGCAGAUUCUUGGAAUGCAUCGAAAAUCAAAUUCACUUCAGAGUGGGCUAUACAGUUCGACCAUGCUAUUUUCUUUAACGGUGCAAUCCAUUGGGAUAGUGUUGCUAAAGAGUCGCUAUACCUUGAUGUGGAGACUGAAUGCUUGAUGCCGAUGCCGAUGCCGAUGCCAAAGCCAAGUAGUAUCAACCUUAAACCUCCUUACUGCGAUUAUGAUAUUUUCUGUCUGGUUGUGCGCUCUGAUGAGGACAAAGGAGAUUCAAUGGUUGCAGUACUUCAAUGUGGAACAACACUAUAUUACAAUUUCAAGGAUAAGGCAAUGGAAGUACGGACAGAUGGCCCUAAGGCAAACGGAUAUCGAUACGAUAUUGCAAGGUUUCGGGGCUGUGAAUACUUUGAGACCCUCUCUUGUGACUAUCAGGUAGUAACAAGAAGUUCUCUAGUAAAUUAUGUCCUUUCACCAACAAUCAUUGACCUCGGCUUUCUGGCUGUUGCUUUUGCUGCUUUAAGCAGCCAGAAUCCUGGUGUCAUUACAAUAGCAAAUGCAGCGUUUGGAUCAGACCCAUCCAUUAAUCCUGAUCUUCUAGCCAAGGCCUUUUAA